UUCUCUUUCCUAGACGGGCGAUCUGUUGAACUUUGAGCCCGUCCUCAUUUACAUCGAGUAGUUUGUCAAUCAAUGAUUGCAAAUAUUCGACGUCAUGUGCAUAACGCACCUGAGGAUUAGAAUCACCUGACUCAGGUGCGUAAAAGACCAUGAGGCUACGGCGCCUCAGGUCAUUAGAUAUUGGUCUUGGUUUCUUCGAUGUUUGUACUCUCCAAUCGUUAUCCUCAGUUUGUUUAUUGCAAAUUGGAACUUUACUGUCAGCUGAACAUAUAGUAGGUCUUGAGGGAGAGUCUGAUGGAACUUUAGUACCUUGUUUCCGAGAUGGAUGCGACGAGGUACUAGGCGUUGGCAGCUUCACUGACUGUGGUGAAGCACAAGGCGAGCUGGGCAUUUUAGAGCACUUCGUUGUGCUGACCCGCUUGUUAGACGUGUCCGUUUUAUUCUGCACAAGAUUAGCUUGGCAUUGCUUACAAACGGUCUUCAAAAAUUCGCUCUUAAUGCCCUGAAUUAUACGAAAUUGGUCUACAGUCAGACCAACGCACGAAAUAUGAAGCCUUGCGCUGCAGAGACUGCAUGAAACCGCAUUAGCUCUAUGUCCGACGAUCUUGCAGCAAAUUCCACAAGGAGACUGCUUCGUCAUUUUAAAAAUAACUACGAUCGAUACGAGCAAAUGGGUGUAAUUAAGAGACAAAGAAGUUAUGCUGAAUUAUUACAGAUAGUUACGAAGUAUAACGCUAAAUGACUAGCUAGAAUUAGUUAUGUGAAUUAGAGGACGACACUGUUAUAACAAUAAAAUCAACGAGAUAAAAUUGGCCUAACAGGAUAAGGGCACGCUACCACUCAGAUCAAAAAAUCGCCAGGAGGACAAAAAACGAAAAAAUUACGGCUAAUAUAUAUCUAAAUAUAUCACCGGAUAACGCAGAAUCAAAUAUUAUAUCGAACUAUAUAACUCACGACAGGAUACAACAAUAUAUGACACAAUAAUAAUGAAAAAACUGGCCUGAGAGCGGAGCGAACGUAUUUUCAAACCGAAGGCUGUGGCCUUGACCUUGAUGAUGAUGAUGAUGAUGAUGAUGAUGAUGAUGAUGAUGAUGAUGAUGAUGAUGAUGAUGAUGAUGAUGAUGAUGAUGAUGAUGAUGAUGAUGAUGAUGAUGAUGAUGAUGAUGAUGAUGAUGAUGAUGAUGAUGAUGAUGAUGAUGAUGAUGAUGAUGAUGAUGAUGAUGAUGAUGAUGAUGAUGAUGAUGAUGAUGAUGAUGAUGAUGAUGAUGAUGAUGAUGAUGAUGAUGAUGAUGAUGAUGAUGAUGAUGAUGAUGAUGAUGAUGAUGAUGAUGAUGAUGAUGAUGAUGAUGAUGAUGAUGAUGAUGAUGAUGAUGAUGAUGAUGAUGAUGAUGAUGAUGAUGAUGAUGAUGAUGAUGAUGAUGAUGAUGAUGAUGAUGAUGAUGAUGAUGAUGAUGAUGAUGAUGAUGAUGAUGAUGAUGAUGAUGAUGAUGAUGAUGAUGAUGAUGAUGAUGAUGAUGAUGAUGAUGAUGAUGAUGAUGAUGAUGAUGAUGAUGAUGAUGAUGAUGAUGAUGAUGAUGAUGAUGAUGAUGAUGAUGAUGAUGAUGAUGAUGAUGAUGAUGAUGAUGAUGAAUGA